AUGUUGCGGAGCGCGCUGAGGCAGUCUAGCCGCACGGUCGGCGCAGUGUCUUCAUCUGGCCGAGUCGCAGUGUCCCGAGCUUCAGGACCCGCGAUACUCAAUGUCUGUCAAAAGCAAAGCCGUGGAUACGCAGAAGCCAAAGCCGCUCCUACUGAGGUCUCCUCCAUACUCGAACAAAGAAUUCGUGGCGUGCAAGAAGAGGCCGGCUUAGCCGAAACGGGUCGUGUCCUGUCAGUUGGUGACGGUAUUGCUCGUGUGCAUGGUAUGAACAACGUCCAGGCCGAGGAACUUGUCGAGUUUGCUUCCGGCGUGAAGGGAAUGUGCAUGAAUCUCGAAGCUGGCCAAGUUGGUGUCGUGCUUUUUGGUUCUGAUCGUUUGGUCAAGGAAGGAGAAACGGUCAAGCGAACAGGACAGAUUGUCGAUAUCCCUGUGGGCCCUGCUAUGCUCGGGCGUGUUGUCAAUGCUCUCGGCGACCCUAUCGACGGCAAAGGACCCAUCAAAACCACAGAGAGAUAUCGAGCUCAGCUAAAAGCGCCGGGCAUCUUGCCACGAAGAUCUGUCAAUCAGCCAGUUCAGACCGGACUCAAAUCUAUUGAUGCCAUGGUACCGAUUGGGCGUGGUCAGCGUGAAUUGAUCAUCGGUGAUCGUCAAACUGGGAAGACCGCAGUAGCUCUGGAUGCCAUCUUAAAUCAGCGGAGGUGGAAUAACACCAGUGACGAAACCAAGAAACUUUAUUGCGUGUACGUCGCAGUCGGGCAGAAGAGAUCGACUGUAGCACAGCUCGUGAAAACGCUUGAAGAGAAUGAUUCGAUGAAAUACUCGAUCAUCGUCGCCGCUACGGCUUCCGAAGCUGCGCCCUUGCAAUUCCUUGCGCCAUACGCCGGUUGUGCCAUCGGGGAGUGGUUCCGUGAUAAUGGUAGACAUGCCGUUGUGGUUUACGACGACCUUUCGAAGCAAGCUGUAGCUUAUCGGCAAAUGUCUUUGUUGCUUCGCCGUCCGCCUGGCCGUGAGGCCUAUCCUGGAGAUGUCUUCUAUCUCCAUUCACGUCUUCUAGAGCGAGCUGCCAAGCUCAACGACAAGCACGGGGGCGGCUCCUUGACUGCUCUCCCAGUUAUCGAGACCCAAGGUGGUGAUGUCUCCGCCUUUAUUCCUACUAAUGUCAUCUCAAUCACAGAUGGACAGAUCUUCUUGGAAGCAGAAUUAUUCUACAAAGGUGUACGCCCCGCUAUCAAUGUCGGUCUUUCGGUUUCUCGUGUUGGUUCAGCUGCCCAACUCAAAUCGAUGAAGCAGGUUGCAGGAUCUCUGAAACUUUUCUUGGCUCAGUACCGUGAAGUUGCAGCCUUUGCUCAAUUUGGUUCUGAUCUCGAUGCGGCGACGAAGCAGACCCUUAACCGCGGUGAACGUCUCACAGAGCUACUGAAGCAAAAACAGUAUCAACCAAUGGCAGUCAAUGAAAUGGUUCCCCUCAUCUAUGCUGGUGUGAACGGGCUUCUCGACAGUGUUCCGGUCAAUAAAAUCCUGCAAUGGGAAGCAGAUUUCCUCCAACAUCUAAAGACUAAUGAAACAGGACUAUUAGAAUCGCUGGAUAAGGAGGGUCAAGUCACCAAAGAAAUUGAUGCCAAAAUGAAAGAUGUCGUCACAGAAUUCACCAAAAGCUUCACAUAG